AUGGCACCCACCUUCUACCACCGUGCCCCCAUGCCCUACCUGGAGGAGCACGGGAAGGAGCCCCAGAAGCUGCGGUUCUGGCAGUGCCUGGCUCUGGUGGCCAUCGCUUUCCUGCUGGCCACGCUCAUCCCCCUGUUGUACUUCAUGCCCCAGAUGUUGAACCAGGCCUGCUGGGAUGGGCUCCGAGUGCAGCAGCAAUGCCUCAAUGACACCCAGAGCCUCCAACAGAGCCUGAAAAGCACCCAGCACGGUCUUGGCGAGGCCCGGGCCCAGCUUGCCAACUAUAACCACACGGUGGAGACCCUGUUGGCAACUCUGGCCAAGAAGGAGAAGGACCACCAGCAGAAGAUGCAGGCGAGGGAGGAGGAGCAUCAGCGCGAGAUCCAGAAACUGAAAGAGCAGCUGCAGGAGGCGGUGGCAAAGCUGGAGUCGAAGAGCGAAGGUUCUGAGGGGCGCAGCCGGGCAGCCUCCGCAGGGACCCCUGACCCCAGAGUCAAGGAGACCCCGGUGGAGGGGGAGAAGACGGAGACGGAGACCUCGACCUCGGCCUCGAUCAGCAGCCGCCUCACCCUCAGCGCCUGGGCCGGGGCUGGGCUCAUCGUGCUCUGGAGUCUGGGAUUCCUCUGA